GUUUAUUAUGGGCUUCCAACUUAAAACCAAUUGGUGAUUAGUGGAUGGGCCCUAACCUUUAUAUAGUAGUAGAUUAAUUCUUAUAUUUCUGAUAUGAGAUAUUUCUCAUCAAUAAUUAUGUGGCUUCUUAUGCCCAACGCGUUGCGGCCGGGCGUAUAGAAACAUGCGCUACUCAUAAGUCGGGAGGGGCCUUUGGCGAGAACAUCGCUCGGGGUAAUGGUAGCAUGACAGGCGUUGAUGCGGUUGCCAUGUGGGUGAAUGAGCAAUUUGACUACGAUUAUAGUUCCAACACAUGUGCUUCGGGCAAAGUAUGCGGACACUAUACUCAGGUUGUGUGGAGGACCACGGAGAAGUUGGGAUGUGCAAGAGUGACUUGCAACAAUGGUCAAAUAUUGGUUAUUUGCAGCUAUGAUCCUCCAGGUAACAAUACUGGCGAGCGGCCUUACUUAAAGCAAAUAACAAGCUCCAUUUGAAUAUGUUUCGAAGAAUAAUGUUUUUUUUUUUUUGUUCAUCUUCGAAGAAUAAUGUUAAACAGAUGUAUGUAUUGUUUCUAUGUUUUUUCAUUCUUUCUAAAAUGUAUUGUUUUCAUGUUGUUCAUCUAUACCAAUCUUAUAUCUUC